UAGUUUCAAUAUAAUAAACUCUUUUUCUUACAGGCUCGUUCAAAACUGCCAAAGCAAAGACGACGAGUUUUGCCCGUAGAACAGCCUCGGCGCAAACGUGAACCUGGACCUGCGCCUCGUGGUCGAACGCAUGCAUUCAAACAUGCCUCUCUUACACAAGGUUCCGUCACCGGUGGCAGUAUACCACAUCAUACACAUCAUGCACCGUUAUUUAAGGAACCAUUUGCUACAGCAAAAAUUGAAACACAAACAGACAGCAUGAAUGGUGUAAAUGUUAAUGGUGUUAGUAUUAUAGAACGACCACAAGUACCCCUAACUGGCAUAGGUUGGAAUAUCACUAGAUCAUCGGAAACUUCUAUACAAACAUCACCUUUAAAUGUUAGAUCGGCGGGUCCAGCGGUCAUCAGCUCCGACUAUUUAAGCGUUCCACCGGUACAAAGUUUACAGCCGAGGGCUGCUACCACCGGUAAUGAUUUUCUAAUGCCCUUGCAGCCCAAGCUUUUGGCAAAUUUAGAACAAAAAGAUUCCAUAAAUACCAUCGAUCAUGUUAAAUUUGAUCAGCAACAAGAACAUCAUGACAAAGAGAAUUAUGAGCAGCAGCAACAUCAUUUACAUCAAUUACAUCAUGGCCUGCGUCAUCGUUCUAAUAUUAGAUCCAUGCUCAAUGUGCCACCAACACUGAGUGUUAUAAAUACCCAAAUGCCUCUGAGUGGCCAGAAUAUGGAAAACACCUUGAUAACAGAGGCAGAAAUUAAGGCCAAAUAUUAUAAUAAUCUAAAUGCUGAAAAUUUGACUGAUGAAACUAAAAGUUCUAGCAAAGAACAUUCUUAUUCAACAGCACCAGCACAAACACUGCCUACUCAUCACCCGCCCCCUUCAAACACGGACCAACAGCAACAGCAACAUCAUCAUCAUCAUAAUUUGCAGAGCUUGCAGCCUAAAGUCACUCUGCACGAUGAUGGCAGUGAUCAGUGUGAUGAGUGUGAUGCAUAUCUAGAGACCAGCCGACAGGACAGUGAUAGUGAAAAUAAUUUGGCAUUUAUUACCAAUGCUUCCACACCAGCUCUACAUGAAGAUCAACUGAACGAUAACCAGGGCAAUGAAGAAAGUUUAUUUUCAUUUUCAAUGAACUUAAUGGGUGAAGAUUAAAUUAAUUAAAUUUAUGGUUAAAAACUAAAACAAAAAAAGUUAGAAAAUUUUUAAAAUUAGUACAAUUUUAAGUAAAAACUA